AUGGGGAGCGUUCACAAAAAUUCAACAGAGAGUUCUGUUGAAUUUGAUGAUUUAAGUUUUGAGUAUAGUGGUUCUAGUGAAGAAAAUGAUAUAAAUAUAUCUCAAAAGAAGGGUACAAUUGAUGAAGCUAUGAAAAUGGUCGAUCGUGGAGAUGGAUUUGGUGAAGUUGAGAAGAAGUUAACUGAGUUGACCAGGGAUGACAUUUGGGGUAUUGAGCAUGAUAGUGUAGAGGAGUGUGUUCAAUUCUACAAAAAUUAUGCCAAAGUACAUGGUUUUGUUGCAAGGUGUGAUGAAAAGGGUUAUGAUUUCAACGGCAACCUUAACAUGAGACAAAUGGUUUGUAAUAGAGAGGGUACACGGAGAAAGAAGUAUCUGGAGAUGGAGAAUAGGAAAAGAGACCACAGGCCGAUAACACGUGUAAUGUGUCAAGCGAGAAUUAGAUUUCACUAUGAUAUGAAAUUGAGGAAGUGGAAAGUCACUGCAUUUGAAGAGACUCACAAUCAUGACCUCAUCCCACCUAAAUAUAUACAAUUUGUCCCCGCAUAUCGCGUAAUGACCGAGGCCGACAAAGCGCAAGCCAACAGUCUGCAUGAUUAUGGUGUGAGAACUUGCCAUAUAAUGGGGUUCAUGUUAAAGCAAAAGGGAGGACCUGGAAAAAUUGGUUUUACAAAGAAGGAUUUGUAUAAUCAUUUCGACAAAUCAAAGCGUGCUAAAGUGAAAGAUGGUGAUGCAUAUGCAGCAUUGAGUUACUUGAUUUCUAAGGCUGAUGAGGAUCCAUUGUUGCAAGGAAAAUUUACUCUGAAAGAUAAUAAACUUGAAAAUUUAGUAUGGGCUGACGGAGCUAGCAUAAUCGAUUAUCAAUGUUUUAGUGAUGUACUAGCAUUUGACACAACAUACCAGAAGAAUAAAUAUAACAAGCCAUUGGUUGUCUUCUCAGGAACUAACCAUCACGGGCAGACAUGCAUAUUUGGUUGUGGCUUGCUAGCAGAUGAGAAGCAUGAGACAUAUGUAUUAGUUUUGAAGAUGUUUCUUGAAAUAAUGGGUAAUAAACAUCCAACAGCAGUGGUGACAGAUGGUGAUCUUGCAAUGAGAGGAGCAAUUAGAGAGGUGAUGCCAAAUGCAACGCACCGACUUUGUGCGUGGCAUUUACAUCGCAAUGCGUGUGAAGCUAUCAAGAAUUCUGAGUUUCUUCAUGGAUUGAAGCACCUUAUGUACGGGAAUUUUUUUCCGGAUGAGUUUGAAGAUAAAUGGCAUCGCUUGGUAUCAAAAUUCAAGCUUUCUGAAAAUGAAUGGGUGAAAAAAACAUACGAGAUCAAAAGGAUGUGGGCUUCUGCAUAUUUGAACGACACGUUUUUUGGUCGAAUUAGGACUACGUCACAAUGUGAAGGAAUUCAUUCGUUGAUAAAGCACUAUAUCGAUAAAAAAUGUUAUCUUUUGGAUUUGAUGCAUAAUCUUAACGAGGCAGUGAGGCAAUAUCGAACAAAUGAACUGUUGUCUGAUUUUAAGUCAUUGUUCUCAAGUCCAGUUUUAACUACAUGUUUCGAAGACAUCGAAAAGGAAGCAGCCAAUAUUUUUACCCAUAAUAUGUUUAAAGAGGUAAGAAAUGAGAUACUAGAAGCGAGUAAACUAAACGUUGUCGGCCAUUCAAUUGACGGUAACAAAAUUGAGGUGAGAAUGAACAAAUAUCAAGAGCCGGCUAUUGAAUAUAAGGUUCGGUAUGAUAGAAGCACUAACAACUUUGCUUGUGAUUGUCGAUUAUUUGAGAGCCGUGGUAUCCCUUGUUCCCAUAUUUUUUGUACUAUGAGACAUGACCAUAUUAGCACUAUUCCUAAUACUCUUAUUCACAAGAGGUGGACGAAAGAUGCUAAAAAAGAAUACAUUAGUUCACUUACUGCCGAGGAUAUUGAAUCUGAAAAGAUUGCUGGUGUUAGGUACGGUGCUCUAGCGACGCUUUGUUUUUCACUAUGUGAUAAAGCAUCGAAACAUCGAGAUGACUUCAUGGAAAUCAGAGAAGACAUUUUUGGAUUGAUUAUGAAACUCCAUAAAAGACACAAUCCAAAUGACAAGCUUCCUUCUACCGCCAACUUGGUAGGUGACCCAAGUGUUGUGAAGACAAAAGGAGCCCCACGACAAACAACCAAGACUGCUAAGGCCCGUAAGUGUUCGCAUUGUAAACGGAUUGGUCAUACGGUUCGUAGGUGUCCAAAACUAUAUGGUGGAGAAUGCUCACUAAAUUCGAACGAAGAUAAAUUGAAUACUGACAUUGACCAAUCAAGUACAGAAUCAAAUGGUGAUACGAAAAAAGUGAAUAAGCCUCAUGUCCAAUCUACAGAAGUUCAAAGCAACCAGUACAAUGAUAACAGAACAGAAAAGGCUACUGCACAAACAAAAAUAAAUGCACCUGAAGCUACUUUUGCGGACACAAAGAAGGAUAGAAUUUCAAGUGUCGAAAAGAGUAAGAAAAGAAAGCGGUUAGAUAAUAAUCGCAUCGAAAAGGGUAGAAAACCAAAUGAAGCAGAUCAUGAAGAAGUUCCCCCCGAAAUUGGAACUUAUGGUGCUAUAUCCUCUACAAAGGGUAUUGAGAGGUUUCAAUGCAUGAAUAGAUUACCUAUGUACCCCAGUUUUAAUGGAUAUCCCAUGCCACCUUUUUAUUCAUACAGUGGAGGUAGAACACCCAUGUUCCAGAUAAAUCCAUCACAAGCUAAUGUACCAAAUUACUACUAUUAUUGGAAUGCAAGAGUUCAAGAUUUUAAGAAGAAGAAGAAUUAA